CACCAUGGCACCCACAGCCGAGGAGGACUGAGCCUCAGACGUUGCCACACUGGCGGAAGCAAGGCCAUCACAGACAUCGAAAGGCUCAGUGUGCUACCUGCUAGCUAGCUAGUAUUUAAUCACUGUUCUGUUAUUAUCCACUCCAACUACUAGAAAGGUCAUACAGUACAGUACAAUAGUAUUCACCAUGUCCAACGCGUAUGCAUUUGACUUUUUGCGUACCGAGCAUACAUUGGAUGCGGAAGGUCAACCCAAGGAGGAGGAUGUCCCCACCGCAGCAGCCACCACAGUCGCCACUCAAGCGUUGUUAUUGAACAAUGAUGAAGAGCACUUGCGCAUCAUGGCGGCCAAAGUGGCGCAUAAACCCGAUUUGGAAAAGCAAUUUGACGUGAUUCAUUUUCUACAAGCGCAUCGAUCGGCGGGUUGUUUGGCACCCGACGUGAUUUACAAGGCCACGGGGAUUGAUUUGGAAGAAACCGAUCAAGCCGUGGCCCAAAUGCUCCAACGCAAUCCCAAAAUCCGAGUGGAAAAUGUACCCGAUCCCGAGAAUCCGUCCGUCCAAUUGGCCACGUAUGCCUAUCAGGCCAAGUACAAUAAUGUCCGCGAUGUCAAGACGCUAUUGGCACAAAUCAAUCGCUGCAAGAAUGGUGUGCCCAUGAAGGAUCUGGAAGAUGCCUACGAAGGUGUACAGGCCGAUUUGCAAAUGCUCAUUACGGCUGGAGAUGUACUGGCCAUUGCCAAUAGUGAAGACAAGGACAAAAUUCUGUUUCCCAGAGGAGAUGCCUUUUUGGUAGAAUUGGAUGGCAUUGUGGCGCUCAAAGAAACCGCGGCCAACAGUGACAAGCAAGUCUACAUUGUCCAUACCGAUGUCGAUCCUUGCAAACAAAUUAGAAGAGGAGAAGCCAUCAAUGUCGGAGGACAGUGGUUCCGAGUUUCCAGUGCCGUCAAGGAGGGAGCACUCUCGGAUCAACCAGUCAGAGCACAGGCUCCCUUAUCAGUCGUCAGUCUCCUAGAAUUGAGCAAACGGAAUGAACAAGAUGGAUACAUUCGACCCUUUUCCAAAUCACUCAUUCCACUCGAUGCUCCACUCAAACCAUCCUCCAUUUCCAGUCUAAAAUCAUCCAAAAAUGCACGCGACAAACUACACAAACUCGCCCACAACACCAACGGAGCGCGCAGUGGCAUGUCCACCGCGGCACAAUUGCUUUCCAGCAAUGCUCAUGCGUCCAACCCUACAGUACUGGCACAAUCCUUUGCCAUGGCUGCCACCGCCACAAAUGCCGCCACUCCUGGAUCGCACGUGCGCAAACGACCCACCAACAAUACUCAUAGUAAAUCCAUGAAUGGUGCCAACGACUUUGAUGGGAAUAAUACCGUCGAUAACAAAUCCAAGCGACGACAAGCCGUGGAAGCACAACAAGCGGCGGCAUCGGAUCCGGCACUCUCCUUGUAUUCCCACGCCCGCCGUCACGGAUGUACCAAGGAUGUGCGAGACAUGUACUUGGCCAUGAAGAAUAUUCCCGAAAGUGAUGCUGAAUUGCAGGCACUGCUGGUCAAACAUCAAUUGCUGGAACCGGGAGAACAAAUGAGACGACCGCGACUGGCCAAACGAGCCAAUGUGGACAAUGAUGGAAAACCCAAAAAGAGACGUUAUUAUGAACGCAAGAAUCAACGCAUGACCAAUACGCAUUUGGAAGGAACCGAAAUUGGAGCUGUCUUGCGCCGUGCACAGGAAUUGCAACAGCAAGGCAAGUCGGUGGGUGAUGGUGGAAUGUAAUAAGAGUUCGUAGCUAGCUAGGUCUUGCCGGGUAGUCUGAUACUGGCUACCGCUACCGUGCUUAGGCAAAUUAUGUAAUUAGAAAAAGAGACAGAUUUCCUGUUUCAUAGAGGCUGUGUGACAAUCAGGGGCGGCGCUUAUUAGUGCAUGAGCGAAGCAAGAUGGCUCAGACCCAAUCAAUGGCCAAGGGACAGAACUAGUCUAAUAAUAAUCAAUCAGAGUCCGACCCCGAAGAGUCAGA